UUUUAUAGCCUUAAAAUUCAUUUUUUUGCAAUGAAGAAAAUGGAUGCUUUUAGAAGCUAUUUUAUUAUUUUUAUUCUUUUCGCUGCAGCCUUAUUUUUAAGAAAUUGGUCACUUCUGGUGGUUGUUAUGCUUUGCUCUUUUGCUUUUUGGAAGUAUCGUUUACAGCUGGGUAAAACAAGGAAACAGUUGAUGAGUGAAGAGGAAAUGGAAGCUAGAAUAACUGCUUGGGAGCCUUUGCCUCUAGUUCCAGAAACUUGUGAUUCUAAUAUACGUGAACCUCAAACAAUUGAAGGGAAGAUAACCAAAUAUGUCAACAUUAAUGGAAAGGAGUGCCUAAAUAUGAUUUCUUCUGAUUUUUAUGGAUUGAUUGGAAAUGAAAGGAUUGAGGAAGCAGCAAAAGAUACAAUAUUUAAAUAUGGUGUUGGUUCUUGUGGUCCUCGCAAUUUUUAUGGAACCGUUGAUGUUCAUUUAAAUUUGGAAAAACAAUUGGCAGACUUUUUGGGUUGUGAAGAAGCAAUUUUGUAUAGUUAUGGAUUUGCUACAAUUGCUAGUGCUAUCCCUGCUUAUUCAAAAAAGGAUGAUUUGAUUUUUGUUGAUAAAAGUGUCAAUUUUUCUAUUCAAAAAGGACUGCAAGCUUCAAAAAGCAAAAUUAUUUGGUUUAACCACAAUGAUAUGGAUCAUCUUGAAAGGCUUUUAGAAGAACAAUCACUUGCUGAUUCAAAAAAUAAAAAGAAGGCUGCUACAAUACGUAAAUUUAUUGUUGUUGAAGGAAUUUAUGCAAACACUGCAGAUUUAUGCCCCUUGGAUAAAUUGGUUGAAUUUAAAUGGAAAUACAAGGUUCGGAUAUUUGUUGAUGAAUCUCUUUCUUUUGGCGUUUUGGGAGAAAAUGGAAAAGGUGGGUGAGAAAAAUUUAAAAAAGAAUUUUUUUAAAUUUUACUAAUACAAAAUUUGAAAAAUGAAAAUAUUAAAAAAACAUUUUUACAAAAAAGGAAAUUUAAUUAAGGAUAGGAGAGAGAGGAUUUUUUGUGAAGUUGAAGGGUUUUGUAUAAAGGGGUUUUUAGAACAUGAUAGUAGAGGGUUUUGUACUAAUAAAGCUGUUUUGAUUUUAAAAAAAGGGAAGAGGAGAAUUUUUGAACAGUAAAUGUUAAUAGUGAGUAAGGAUGGUCUUUUGAAGUUUUGUGCUUGUGU